AUGGAAAGCAAAAGCUCUGGUGAAAGUUUGAGAAAUGAAGACAGGAUAAGUCAGUUGCCCGAUGCUUUGCUUCUGUUGAUAUUGUCUUCAAUUCCAACAAAAGAUGUCCUAGCCACCAGUGUUUUGUCUAAACAGUGGAGGUCUCUUUGGAAGAUGGUGCCUAAGCUCAAAUUUACUUUCUCUAUAAGAAAUGGUGACAAGGAGAUUGAUCUUCAGAGAUUUUCAGAUAAUGUUUGCAGCUCUAUGCUUUCACUCCAGGCUCCGGUUCUACAGAGUUUGCAUCUGCAAGUUAUUGCUAAGAAAAGUGGUACUAUUGAUUUUGGAGUGUUAGUUGGAAUUGCAUUUGGACAUCAUGUGCGUGAGUUGGUACUCACAGUUGAGUUUAGCCAAGGGUCGUUCAGAUUUCCUAUAAACUUGUAUAAAUGUGAGAUGCUAGAGACCUUGAAACUUCGUGGCUGCGGUAGUUCCAUUAUUCUUGAUGUACCUUCUCCAAAGCUAACCAUACAAUCUGGCUAUGGUGAUGGUGCGGACUACGUGAUAAAUGCUCCUUCUUUGAAGUACUUGAAUAUUGAAGCGAGUCAUCAUUACGGAUCUUUUCUAAUUGAGAAUGCACCUCAGCUAGUGGAGGCAUAUAUAUUCAGCAGUAACGUAAUUAUGGGAUCACUCACUUCACUCAAAAACCUCACCUUGAGUAUAUCACACUUGGAGAUGAAGGUUCCUGUUGGUAGCAUCUUCAAUCAGCUGGUAUAUUUGAAACUGUUUCCAUCUGAACUAGAGGACUGGAAUUUACUAAUGCUCAUACUCGAUAACUCUCCUAUUCUACAAGUGCUCAAGAUCCAGAGUGUAAGCCUUCAUAAAAUUACCCCAGCUCAGGCCAUGGAAGAGCUUACGUGGACGGUCUUGGUGUUCUUGACGGCAACAAACCUCCAUGUGAAUGCAACAGUUGCUACACAGGCAAAUAUUGCUCUGUUCUUGUCUCAGAUUGUACAGUCGCUGCUAACUCGUAUGCAACAAGUUUUGACUUGA